AUGGCGCAGGUCGAGCGUUUGGCUGAUAGCCUGGAGAAGCCGUCGGUGGACAACCGCACGUACCGAGUCAUCAGGUUGCCCAACAAGCUCGAGGCCCUCCUGGUCCAUGAUCCGGAUACAGACAAGGCCAGUGCCUCUGUCAACGUCAACGUAGGGAACUUCUCAGACGACGAUGACAUGCCUGGUAUGGCCCAUGCUGUCGAGCAUCUGCUCUUCAUGGGCACGGAAAAGUACCCAAAGGAGAAUGACUAUAACCAGUAUCUAGCCGCACAUUCCGGCCACUCAAAUGCAUACACAGCUGCUACAGAGACAAACUACUUCUUCGAGGUUGCUGCUACCUCCCAUCCACGCUCCAAGGCCCCCUCCGGCAUGCCCUCUGCCUCACCAUCCCCAGCUCCAACCCCUGGAGGAAUCCUGGCAGACAAGAUGUCCCAUCUCACGGUCGAAGGAGCUUCAAACAGUGCUAGCUCCUCCAUAAGCGACCUGACUCCUCCCCUGUAUGGUGCUCUGGACCGAUUUGCCCAAUUCUUCAUUGCCCCUCUUUUCCUCCCUUCCACUCUAGACCGUGAGCUUCAGGCCGUCGACUCGGAGAACAAGAAGAACUUGCAGAGUGAUCCGUGGCGUUUGCUGCAGCUAAACAAGUCCCUCUCAAACCCGAAGCACCCUUACAACCACUUCUCAACCGGAAACCUAAAGACUCUACGUGAUGACCCCCAGGAGCGUGGUCUAGACGUCAGGACGGAGUUCAUGAAGUUCCAUGAUAAGCACUAUUCUGCAAACCGGAUGAAGCUAGUUGUCCUGGGUAGAGAGCCCUUGGACGAGCUGGAGGCGUGGGUUGCAGAGUUAUUCGCAGAUGUCAAGAACAAGGACCUCCCACAGAAUCGGUGGGACGACAUUGAGGUGUUCGAAAAGGAAAACAUGCUUAAUAUGGUCUUUGCAAAGCCAGUGAUGGAUAGCAGGACCCUAGAUAUUUUCUUCCCUUACCCUGAUGAAGAGGAUCUGUACGAGUCCCAGCCUAGUCGGUAUAUCAGCCACUUGAUCGGACACGAAGGUCCCGGCAGUAUCUUGGCCUAUAUCAAGUCCAAGGGAUGGGCUACCGAACUCUCUGCUGGCUCCAUGCCCAUCUGCCCUGGAUCAGCCCUUUUUAACGUUUCCAUUCGUCUGACCGAGGAUGGACUGCAGCACUACCAGGAGGUCAUCAAGACCAUCUUCCAGUACAUUUCUAUGAUCAAGAAACGAGAACCCGAGCAGUGGAUCUUUGACGAGAUGAAGAACCUUUCCGAGGUAGACUUCAAGUUCAAGCAAAAGUCCCCGGCCAGCAGAUUCACCAGCAGCCUUAGCAGCGUCAUGCAGAAACCAUACCCUCGCGAAUGGCUCUUGAGCGGUUCGACCUUACUGCGCAAAUUCGAACCAGAACUCAUCUUAAAGGGCCUCUCGUACCUCAAUGCAGACAACUUUAAUAUUGAGAUCGUCUCUCAAACUUUCCCUGGAGGCUGGGACAAGAAGGAGAAGUGGUACGGCACCGAAUACAAGGUGGAAAGGGUCCCAGAGGACCUCCUGUCUGAGAUCCGCCAUUCGCUAGAGACUUCUACUGGCAGAAUCCCGGACCUGCAUAUGCCUCAUAAGAACGAAUUUGUUCCAACUAGACUAGACGUUGAGAAGAAGGAAGUUGCUGAACCUGCGAAACGACCGAGCCUUAUUCGAAGAGAUGAUAAGGUCCGAACAUGGUUCAAGAAGGACGACACUUUCUGGGUGCCCAAGGCUGCGCUGGAAAUCACCCUCCGAAGCCCUCUCGUUUACGCGACCCCUGGAAAUAACGUGAUGGCCAAGCUUUACUGUAGUUUGGUCAGGGACGCCUUGACAGAAUACUCCUACGAUGCUGAGCUCGCAGGUUUGGACUAUGACCUAUCCCCAAGCGUUUUCGGCCUGGAGGUAGCAAUCGUUGGAUACAACGAUAAGAUGGCAGUGUUGCUCGAAAAGGUCCUGACCAUCAUGAGAGACCUCGAGAUCAAACCGGACCGUUUCCGGAUUGUCAAGGAGCGUAUGGCUCGUGGGUACAAGAACGCAGAUUACCAACUGCCAUACUACCAGGUCGGAAGCUUCACCAGGUAUUUGACCGCAGAGAAGGCUUGGAUCAACGAGCAACUGGCCCCUGAGCUGGAACACAUCCAGCUCGAAGAUGUUGCAGCCUUUUACCCACAGUUGCUUCGCCAGACACAUAUCGAAGUCCUUGCUCAUGGCAACUUAUACAAGGAGGAUGCCUUGAAACUCACUGACCUCGUUGAAUCUAUCCUCAAGCCCAGAACCCUUCCCCAGUCGCAGUGGCAUGUACGCAGGAACAUGAUCAUUCCCCCUGGCAGCAACUUCAUCUACGAGGAGACCCUCAAGGACCCAGCUAAUAUCAACCACUGCAUCGAGUACUACCUCUUUGUCGGAGCCUUGACUGAACCCCAACUGCGUACAAAAUGCUUGCUCUUCGGUCAAAUGACUAACGAGCCAGCAUUUGACCAGCUACGUACUAAGGAACAGCUUGGAUACGUUGUCUGGAGCGGUGCCCGCUAUUCAUCUACCACCAUGGGAUACCGUGUCAUCAUCCAAAGUGAGCGAGACAACGAGUACCUUGAAUCUCGCAUCGACUCUUUCCUUGAAAACUUCGGAGAGACCCUCACCUCGAUGUCUGAUGAAGAGUUUGAAGGUCACAGACGAAGCAUCAUCAACAAGCGAUUGGAAAAGCUGAAGAACCUCAGCUCCGAAACCAGUCGAUUCUGGACCCAUAUCGGCUCCGAAUACUUUGACUUUACGCAGCACGAGGUCGACGCUGCUGUAUUGGAGGAUUUGACCAAGGAUGAUAUCGUUGCCUUCUACCGCCAGUAUAUCGAUCCCAACUCACCUACUCGUGCGAAGCUAUCUAUCCACAUGAAGGCCCAAGCAAGCGCAAGCCUAGUUGCUUCGGCAGAGCAAAAAACCGCUGUCCUUGCAACAAUCGAGCAGUUCCUCGGCUCUGCUGGAGCCAAGGUCGACACCGACAAGUUCAAGGAGGCGUUCAAGGACAUCGCUAUCUCCAGCAACAACCUAGAUGGCAUCGUCUCCACCGUACGCAACCACCUCACCUCCGCUCUCCAAAUGGCCGAAGACGAAGCCACGAAGCUUCUAGAGCCAGCCAAGGCUAUCCUGCCAACCGUGCUCUCCCAAGUCGGCAUCAAGACCGUGGCAAACGGCGACAAAGAACCCGAAUCAAAGCAAGAUCCAACCCCAACUACCAACGGCACCUCCAACAACGCAGUUAGGCCACCCAGCCAUAAACCAACAUACAUCACCAAUGUGCCUGAGUUCAAGGCUCGCUUGGGUGUGAGCGCCGCAACAGUCCCCGUCGUCGAACUCUCUGAAUUCGAAGACUUUGACCCAAAACUCUAA